GACUUCCCUUCACCUUUCUCAGGAACUUGACCUGUUAGGUUGUUCUUCCUUAUUUUCAAUACCAUUUAUCCAGUGAAGCUGCUGGAACCCGCUUCAGUUCGUUUCUUCUGACAAAGCUGCAAGGAAGUUCCAGGACAGAUGGCCCAGUCUCCAGAAGAUGCUCCCCUGGCCAGAGGGAGUCUGGCAGGCAGUGAUGAAGCCCUUAUUCUCCCUGGACCACCCAGCGGGGGCUCAAACAGUCGUGCCUUCAAGAUUGCAGGCCUGACCACACUGGCAUGUCUGCUGCUGGCCAGCCAGGUCUUCACCGCCUACACCCUGUUCGGCCAGAAGCAACAGAUCCAUACGCUGCAGAAGAACUCUGAUAGGAUGUCCAGGCAAAUGACCCGCUCACCUCAGGUUGGGGCUCCAAUGAGGAUGCACAUGCCCAUGAACAGCCUUCCCCUGAUGAUGGACUACAUCCCUGAUGAGGACUCCAAGUCAUCCAAGACACCCAUGACUAAACUGCAGGACACUGUGGUCAGCGUGGAGAAACAGGUGAAGGAUCUCAUCCAGGACUCUCAGCUGCCGCAGUUCAACGAGACCUUCCUGGCCAACCUGCAGGGCCUGAAGCAACACAUGAACGAGACCGAGUGGGAGAGCUUUGAGACCUGGAUGCGUUACUGGCUGAUCUUCCAGAUGGCCCAGGAGCAGCCUCCACCAGUUUCACAGCCAGCCGCUUUGAUCAAGACCAAAUGCCAGACCGAGGCCGCACCUGGAGGACCCACCAAGAUCGGAUCCUACAAGCCCCAGUGUGACGAGCAGGGCCGCUACAAGCCCAUGCAGUGCUGGCACGCCACCGGCUACUGCUGGUGCGUGGACGAGACCGGCGCAGCCAUCGAGGGCACCACCAUGCGCGGCCGCCCCGACUGCAACAGAGGCACAGCUCCUGGUCGCAUGCUGUUUGCACCCAGGCUGAUGCAGAAGACCCUCAGCGUCGAUGAUGCGUAAAAGAAACGAGGUGUGGGGUGUUUCUUCUCAUCGAGAUAUCUUCGCAGACAUUAGAAGUCAUUCCAAGCUUGACGCUGAGCCGCGUGCAGAAAUUGUGUUGAUUCUUCCUCCAUGUAUUCUCUUGAUUUUAAAUGUCCUGCUGGCUGCUUGAAAUCAAAUCAAUCACGGCCUGUUACAAUUUAUUGCUUCUGAUACUUUCAGUUUUAAUGUUUGUUUUAUUUUUUAAGACCGUACAAUCGUGGGGUGUUCUCAUUGACAUUUAAACCUAGAUGUUCAUAUCAUCUUAACUAUAUUAAAGCACGUGUGUUAAACAAGAGUAUCUGUGAUGAAUGCUUAAAAGGUCGGUUCAGCCAAAUGACAUUUUCUCUCUCUUACCCCGCCGAGUAUCAAGACAUGGAGUUAGUUCAGGUGUUACUCGUCUUAAGAUACCCUCUCAUCUGCCAGCAUCACGAGUUUGUGGUACGUUUGUUUGUGGCGCGUACAGCAUGGAAAUACGACAUUAAACGUGUUAUCAGACUCUUUCAAGAAACCUUGUCCCCUGUUGCUCCGAAUAAUCCACAGAGCACACCGUGGAGAGUUUUCAUAGGGAUUGUUUUGUCUGUUAGGAAGUAUUCCCAAUGAAACCUGUUCACAGUGAGGUCUGUGGGUCCUUCAGAGAGAAGGGGACACAGUUUCUCAGAAGAGAUGUCGCCGCUUUAAUGGUUCGGGAUGUUUUUCAGUGCCACGAGGGGCCACAAAUGAAAAAACCAAGCGAAACAAAAGGAAAACUUAUCUGCAUUCACAAACAUGAAAAUGUUUUUUUUUUUAUUAUGUGCCCUGGGUGAACCGACCUUUUAAAGGGUGCGACCGCACUGUAUGAGGAAGUGACUUUCCUACCUGGGUGUUUGUGGUAAGAAGGGUUAAUAAAGUUGUUCUAACAAUACUGUUUGAAUUUCCAUAUGUAUGUUCUACCCGGGACAUGAUCCACUGAGAACUAAUACCUGUUGAAGCUUUAGACGAAACAAGGCCUCAAUAAACUUUCACCUGAUUAGAUGCAUCGACA